AUGAUUAAUUCAAACUCUGAUGUUAAUGGAGGCUAUGAAACUUCACAUUCUAGUAAUCAAAUUAAUUAUUCUACAAAACGUGCAAGGCAUGAAGUAGAGGUUGGGAGGUGUGAAAAGUUCAAAGGUGUUGUGCCUCAACCAAACGGGAAUUGGGGCGCACAAAUAUAUGCAAAGCACCAAAGAAUAUGGUUAGGGACAUUCAAAUCUGAAAUAGAGGCUGCAAUGGCUUAUGAUAGUGCCACCAUCAAGCUUAGAAGUGGAGAAAGCCACAGAAACUUUCCAUGGAAUAAUCAAACAGUACAAGAACCUCUAUUUCAAAGCCAUUAUAGUUUACAAAUUGUGUUGAACAUGAUUAGAAAUGGAACCUACCAAUCUAUAUUUUCCACAUUUCUUAACACUCAAAACCAAAGCCACUUUACAAAUAAUGGGAAUUUAGGAGUGAAAGGUGAAGAAGAGUUUUCUUGCACAAAACUUUUCCAAAAAGAAUUAACACCUAGUGAUGUUGGCAAACUUAACAGGCUUGUUAUCCCCAAAAAACAUGCACUUACCUAUUUUCCUUGUGUUUGUGGAAACAAUGUAAAAAAUGAUGAAGAGUGUAAUUAUGACGUGGAGGUUGCAUUUUAUGACAAACUCAUGCGAUUGUGGAAGUUUCGUUAUUGUUAUUGGAAGAGUAGUCAGAGCUACGUGUUCACUAGAGGAUGGAAUCGGUUUGUGAAAGAUAAGAAACUAAAUGCCAAAGACACCAUUGUGUUUUAUUUGUGUGAGCCUAUAAAUUUCACAAAAGGAGGAGAGAGACAAGUGUUUUCCAUGAUUGAUGUAAUCUAUAAUAAUGAUGGUGAUAGAAUAUUAAGACAUUCUAUUGAAAAUAAGAGAGCUAGAGGUUUAAGGCUAUUUGGUGUAAGUAUUAACUGA